UUUAUGGAUUAUAUAUGAUCAGAAUCAUGGAGUUCCUUUUCCUCCUCCACUACCACCAGUAGUUGGAGGGCUUCCACCACAACCGCCCGCGGGAGGUCCACCACCACCACCACCAGAUGGUGCUAAUCUUCCUCCACCAGCACCACCAAUUCCUCCACCAUCUCCAGUAGCUGAAGGUCCUGCACCAGUUUCUGGUGGUCUUCCACCAGUGGCUGUAGGUCCUCAAUCAGUUGCUGGUGGUCCUCUACCUGUGGAUGGAGGUCCUCCAGCUAUGGCUGGAGGUCCGCUUCCAGUGGCUGGUGGUCCUCUACCCGUAGCUAGAGGUCCUCCACUAAUGGCCGGAGGUCCUUCACCAGAUGCUGGAGGUGCUCCACCAGUUGCUGGUGGUCCUCCACCAGUGGAUGGAGGUACUCCACCUCUGGCUUGA